AAGCAGCUUAAGGACGCACUGAAGGUCAUCAGCUCAGGUAGCCUUCUGUUUGUCUCCUACCUCACUGCGGUUGGAGAUGAGCGUUUCUAUGCCAAUCAGCUGAUGCCCCUUCUGCAGAAGAUUGUGGGGGCAGAGACGGCACAUGUUUUGGCAGUGAAGAUGAUAGGUCUGGGUCUGGUUCCUUUGAACCGCUACAAGGACCCUGCAUCAUUGGAAGUGAAUGUCCUGGGAUUAAAGUUCAGAAACCCUAUUGGAAUUGCGGCAGGCUUUGACAAGCAUGGAGAGGCCAUAGAUGGGUUGUACAAGGUGGGUUUCGGCUUUGUUGAAGUGGGCACUAUCACUCCCAAGCCUCAGGAGGGGAACCCCAAACCACGUGUGUUUCGACUCAUUGCGGAUCAUGCAAUUAUUAACAGAUAUGGAUUCAACAGCUGUGGUUUGGCAGAAGCACAAGAAAGGCUGAAGGCCAGAGGCGCACAGCAACAUAAGGCUGGCCUUCCCCUGGGCAUCAACCUGGGGAAGAACAAGCUAUCCCAGGACGCGGGGGCAGAUUACUUGGAGGGGGUGAGAGGGCUGGGCCCACUGGCUGACUACCUGGUGGUCAAUGUCAGCAGUCCAAAUACGCCAGGUCUCCGGGAUCUACAGGGGAAGGCUGAGCUCCGCCAGCUCCUGCACACGGUGCUGAAGGAGCGCGAUGCCCUGCGGGCAGAAUCCAAACUUCCAGUCCUAGUGAAGAUUGCUCCUGACCUCACUGCCCAGGACAAACAAGAUAUUGCUGAUGUUGUCACUGAGCUAGGAGUGGACGGUUUGAUGGUGUCUAACACCACAGUGUCCAGGCCAGACACGCUUCAGGAUGCGCAUAAGUCUGAGGUUGGUGGGUUAAGUGGCCAACCUCUCAAAGACCUCUCUACUAGCACUGUCAGAGAGAUGUACAACCUCACCAAAGGUAAAGUAACAAUUGUUGGAAUCGGUGGUGUGGCCAGCGGGCAGGAUGCUAUGGAUAAGAUCCGUGCUGGUGCAUCACUGGUCCAGCUUUACACAGCUUUGACCUACCAGGGUCCGCCUGUAGUGACGAAGAUAAAGCGAGAAUUGGAACAACUUCUUAAAGAACAAGGUUUCAGCUGUGUAUCAGAGGCAGUUGGAGCAGAUCACAGGGGAGCAGAUGGGUUGACUCAUAAGUAGAGGAUGCAGAAAGAGAUGGUAAAUGUUAACACAGCACCUGUAGCCUCCAUCUCCUCCAGCUAGGCAACACGAUCCUCUGCUUUUCCAGAACUGUGACGAAUGCUGAGUAUUGGUGUUUAUCUAUCUUGAUUUCUGGGAUAAGAUAGGUCUGAACUGGUUGUUGUUGAAACCGCAUUUAUUUUGGUAUUUGUGUUAAGUGUAAAUGCUGAACGCACCAAAUCUCAGCGUCUCACCUUUACUUUAACAUUCUGGUCAAGUCAAUAAUGAGAAGUCUUUUAUGUAUCUACCCAUUAAAAACUGAGGUCUGUUUGUAACUUCAGACGUCCAUCCUUUGUUACAGUGUAACAGCAGUAAAUGAAUCUGAAGUGCAUAUUGACACCAAAGUGCUUAAACUCUUUUUCCACUAUAUUCAAAAAGUAUUCUGACAUGAUGAUUUACAGAAUAAAUAGCAAAAGCUGUUUCUUAUCCUGGAGGAAUUUUCUAAUACAGAAGUAGAAACAUACAUUAAAAUGUUGACAUUGUAUUAUUCAUAUUCAGGAUGUUGCUGCACAAAAAUAAAGUCCAAUACAAUAACGGCUCAAAUGUUAUUUGGGUUUAGGAUCAAGGUAUUUAUUUUCUCCUGUAGCAGGACUGUUUUUGAAAAGUACUCUUGUUUGAAGGUACUGUCAGUUUCAUCCCUGGCAACAGAGAUGCAUUUGAUUUCCCAAAUAAAGCCCUGAUGUUUUUCUGAUUCACUUCCAUGCUUAGUGAAAGUUAUGAUUUGACAUAAGUGCAAAUUGGAAACUUUCUACUAACGUAAUUAACUGUCCAAAAUGCUGCUUGAAAUGCUUUCAUACAAGAGAGCCAUGUGCCAUUUGCAGAUGUCCCAAUACAUAAUUUCUCUAUGUAUUUCUGAUUUUUUUUCUUUUUUCUGUUUUACUGCCAUCUCAAGCUGACUUUGUAGCCAUUGAUUCAGUAUUCUGUGUGUAAAAGUUUGAAAAUUUGUUCCAGUGUGGGAGAUCCACGAGUGGAAUCAAACCGAUGACCAUAAAAUAAAGCACUUGAAGAAUU